AUGCUUGCAUCGCUGAUCUAUGGCAUGCCCAACCUCAAUUGGGCAGAGCCGAAGGAUCACACCGAGCUGUUCUCAGGUUGCGCAUCGGUCACCCGGGGCGAAAUGCAGGAAGGGCGAUCGGUCUUUGCUUAUGACAUCGUGUACAACAGCGAGUUCAUGGAUAUCAUGACGCCCCAGGGAUUCGCUCUGGCCAUUUACGCUGUUCUGAACACAAAGAGAGCUGCAUCAGGACAUGGUGAGAUCCUGGACGAGUUGGACAAGUUCAAGCCACUCCGAACGCCCGUCCGCGAGAAACACGAGUUGGUUGAAAAGUAUGUGGAUGGGAAGGGAAAGUCCAGAAUUAAGGGCUCUUCCAACUUGAAGUCUUCGCAAGCGUAUCCAUUGCAGCUCUUUGCCUUGUUUGGGCGUGCCCUAGCGCGACUCAGAACGAGGCGCAUGAAGGACAUCAAGAAGACGUCCAAGGCCUUUGUGAAGCAAUCGCCUCAGUCAGUGGCAAAGAAGCGGACUGGCUCUCUUUCCGUGUGGAUUGACAUGGCCAACCUCCAGCCAGUUUUUGACUACCUGAGCUAA